AUGUAUCCAUCGAUCCAUUCAUCACCGAGACUAGAGCUUCGUCCCAAACAUCUCAAAGCCGAGCACGCAAUCAUGGACGCCAAUCGACUUGUGCACAAAGGAGAUUACUCGGCUGCGCUCAAAUUGUUUAACAGACUGCUCGAUGAAAGAUACCACCCAGCUUAUUUUCUCAACCGCGCCUUGUGUUACAUCGCCGUGGAUCAGCCACAUCUUGCUGUCAACGACGCUCUCAGAGCGUAUAUGAUGGCUCAGUCUGUCAUCGAUGCUGCUCGGAGCCAAGAGGAGGUGAACGACAAUAUCCGAAGAAUCGACGCCGAUGUCCUCACCUACACUGAUGAUUGUACCGAUGCGUUGUCUCGCAAAGAAAAAUGGUGCAUGGCACCGUCAACAGUGUUUAAUCACAAGCAUCGAAAUUUCAAGCUCGCGAGAAUGACGCUUGUCGAGGAAGACUUCGAAGAUAAAGAGGCUGGGAAGAAGACUUCCACCCCACCUAUCUACGAUCUGAAGUACAAGGCCUUGUUCCGUUUGGUUGAUGCUCUCUCCAGAUGUGGGCGUGGCCCAUCGUACAACGCUCUACAUCUUCUGGGCGAUGUUCUCAUGUUGAAUGCCUCUGGCGCAACCAAGAAAUCUUUUCAGCCCUUUGUCAACCGAGAACUAGAGGCGCUCGCCAAACACGUACAAGACAGGCUGCUUGUGGAUGUCAUUGAAGGCAAGGUGUCGAAAGCAGCUUUACAGUUGACGCAGACAGGCUUCUGCUCCCUGAACAGCAAUCAGUAUGGAUUUGCUGAACGCCCUAUCAACUACAAUAUCCUCAACAACUGCAUAUUGACGAUAGACUCCAACUCGAUCAUCCAAUACGAGUAUAAGUUCGGCAUGCCUGCAUCGCUAGUGGCUGCCCAAGAUGUUUUCAAGGGGAUGAUACUGUUCACUGAAAGACUUCCUUUCGUGGUCUCUACAGCAAACACUCCAGACCAAUCAGAACUUGCAACGAUCUGUGAUGCUUGUGGUACAGAUUUGCAGAUGCUAUCACCGUUCGUUCUUCGCGUCCUCUCGGAAGAACUGAAGCAGGCAGAGGCCGAGGAGGCCGAGAAAAAGAGGGUACGAGCAGCGAGAAAAGGGGCUCGUGCCAGACGUUCUCCAGCCCCCAGCCGCAGAAUCGCAGUUGACACUCCAACGGGCGAGAAUCAACCAAGUUCAGACAAGGACAAAGACGAAACAAUGACUCUCAGUAUCGAACAAGUCGACGACGACGAUGACUGGAAUUCGGAACCGUCGAGCGGUGCGACUGACACAUCUUCGGCAAACACAACCCCCGAUACUCCACUUCGAGGCAGAAUAACAUCAAGACCUGGUAUCUUCGAGACAUCAGAUGUUCAAAUCUGCCGCUAUGGUGUGGAGAAACAACGCGAGAAUUUCUCUUUCUGCUCAGUUGAUUGCUACGACUUGGCAAAGGCAACGUACCAUGACAGCAUCUGUGGGUCUCACAUCGAAGAUUACCUGCGCAAGUCGAUAAUCCAGGUGGAGGCUCCUGGACUUCCAAACAUCGGCACCCAGAAGCUUGUUCUGCUGCUCUUGGUCCGUAUCCUUGGGUGGGCGUAUGGCACAUCGACUGACCCACUGGAUUUGCCUGUCGUCCAAAUGCUCACGGCAUCACCUCGUCAUCCGUCUUUAGAGAAUGACCCAUCAAUCCCAUGGUCUUUCCAUAACAACGUCAUGCGGCCGUAUCAGAUGUAUCAGGCUAUGGAUGGCCGUGGAGAUUCUCCCAAGUCAGUCAUCAACCCCGAUUACUCCGAUGGCACCGUAAUCAACACUAUCAUCGGUCUCAUUCAGCGUCACAUGAUCGUCGACGACCAGAUUAUUUGGACCAAGACUUACGACGAGGAUGGCUACCACGAGCAGACUUAUCCUUACUCGGACAAGAAAGAUGCUAAGGAGAUUGAGGGCACCAUGUUUGGACGCCUACAUCCUUUGUGUGAUCUUGUUCCUCUAGCUCUUCGUCCCUCAGAAGCAAAUGUCGAGCUUGUUGACUUAGGCGGCGGUCAGAUUGCUUGCUUACCUUUACCUCCCACACAUCUUGAUGAUGAUGACUCUGAUUUGUGCAUCAAGAAAGGUGCUCGUCUAUUACUUCGCAACGCAGCUCCUCGUCUCGCCACUGGAGACGAACGGGCAACUUAUGCUCAGGUGGAAGAUUAUGGUGAGGGAGGCACAAUGAUGGAUGUGGAACAAGACGAUGGUGUUCUCGAAGACCACAGUAGCGAUGAGGAACUUCAAACUGAAGAGCAGGAAGAAGAGUUCAGUGGCUACGUCGAUGAGGAGACAUAUGGGGCAGAUGAUGACUAUAUGGCUGAUGCCGAAUGGGAUGUUGACGAGGACGACGAGGAGAUGAUGAACUUCUAG